GUGACACUCCACAUAAUAUUCAUUUUCAGCGUAGACCAAAAGAACCAUUUUUGAUGUGCUCGUAAUAUUACAUAACAUGGUCCUAAUAAUUUCAAAAAAAAUAUAUUAUAGGUGUGGAUAAUAAGAAUUAUAUAUGGACACAUAUUCCUUGAAAAAUUGUGUCAAAUUUAAAAACUGUGACGUGUUCGACAAUUGAAUGUCAAAAUACAAAAUUUUACAUUUUCUCAUAAUUCAUUCUGCAGUCGUUUCGUUCUGACUUAAGCGAUUUCCUUUAAAGAUGGAUACAGAUAAUCAACAAAUCCAAACUAAUAUUGUGUCUAUCAUUCAACGUGGUCAUGAGAUUAAUUCACGUGCAACAAAUGUGAGUGCAUCAGAAGAAAUAAUUCCAGAAGCACCUGAUAAUGGAACUGCAGUGUUGACUUCUGCAGUCAUAGCUCCACAAAAUAACCAAAUCCAAUUCUCGACUGAGAAAGAUUGUGUCAUUUUAGAUGCUGGUGCUGUUAAUUCAGACGGAGCCACUGAACAUGCACUGGAAGAAUUAACUCCAGAAGUGCUUAGUGAUCAAACUGAAAUGUUAAAUUUUGAAAUCCCGAUCCAAAAACAUGACCAAAACCAAUACUCAACUGAGAAGGAUUGUGUCCUUUUAGAUGCUGGAGAAGUCGAUUUACACGGAGCCACUGAACAUGCACUGAAAGAAAUAGCUCCAGAAGUACUUGGUGAUCAAACUGAAGUGUUGAAUUUUGAAAUCCCGAUCCAAAAACAUGACCAAAACCAAUACUACACUGAGAAGGAUUGUGUCAUUUUAGAUGCUGGAGAAGUCGAUUUAUACGGAGCCACUGAACAUGCACUGAAAGAAAUAUCUCCAGAAGUACUUGGUGAUCAAACUGAAGUGUUAAAUUUUGAAAUCCCGAUCCAAAAACAUGACCAAAACCAAUACUCAACUGAGAAGGAUUGUGUCAUUUUAGAUGCUGGAGAAGUUGAUCUACACGGAUCCACUGAACAUGCACUGAAAGUGUGGAGUGAGAGGGAUAAUUCCAUUCUACAAUCUGGUGAAGCCCAGACCCAAAUUAAUAACGAAAAGCCAUACGCCACUGUUGAAGUCAAUGCCUUUCCACAAGUUAGUGCGAAUAAUCCAUUUGCAGCAUGUGAGAUUGCAUGGCAAAAAAUAGUUCAAGAAGCACUUUCUGAUGAAAAUGAAGUACCGGACAAUGAAAAUGAACUAUACGGGAACAUUGAAGUCUGUACAAUUCCUCAAGCUGUUGAAGUUAAUCUACAUUCUGCAAACAUGUGUGUAAAGGAAGAUAUGGUCCAAGAAGCAUCUGUAAAUCACAAUGAAAUCUUAACUACUGCAGAUCAACCCAAAAGUGAAGACCAAAAGCAAUAUUGGACUGGAAAAGACAAUGCCAUUGCACAGGUUAGUGCGAUUAAACCACUUGCAGUCCGUAAGGAUUUAUGGCCAGCAAUAGCUCAAGAAGCAGUUGUUGAAGACGAAAAUGAAGAAUUGACCACCACAUCCAAAGUUCAAAAUAAUAUUUCAAACCAAAACGGACUAAUUACAAGAAACGCUAUUCCACAGGCCGGUACAUCAGACACAUUUAUUGCAGACAGUCAUGCAAGGGAGGAAACAUCCAUUUAUCAUAAUAUGCAAAGCAGCGUUGGUACAUUUAUUAUUCCUGAACCUCGUCCACGAAUUUGGACUCGUAGGGAUACUCCAGUUAAGAUUUGCAAUAAUCGUACAGCAAAAAAACCUAGAAAGAAUUAAAAAAAUAUUUUUAUUAUGUUUAUGUGCGGCAAGCCCUACAACUCUCGACUUUGGUGGGAUCUUUUGCGAACGUCUUAAUUCCUAAAGCAUCGAUCGAUGUAUAUAUGAUAUUCUAAGUACAACUUGGAUGUAAUACGCUGAAACAUCAGCUCACAUUAAUAAGAUGCAAAAUAAUACACAACUAUAUUGAUAGGGAAGGCCGAACAUUUUUUAUAUUAAUUUUAAUUUUUAUUAUUUGCGUUUCAAUUGGAUUGAAUAUUUAAUUAUAUACUAAAGAAA